AUGACGUCAACCCUCCAGCGAACCCUAUACAACUCGACAUAUCGCCCGCGACUGAACUUGUCUCUCAGCCAAUUCAGCAGGCCGAACCUCUAUUGUAGUAGCUCCAUACACUUCUUCCAAUCACCCCCAAGAGCCAUGCCGACGUACCCUGGAUCGUGUUACUGCCGGGAUAUCGAGUACGAACUGUCCCUCGCCUCACCCGAUGACGCACGGACUUCUCUCUGUCACUGUAAAAGCUGCAAAAAAGCUUUCGGAACAAACUACGGCCUAACCGCGAAGAUCCCCAAAGACGCUCUCCGACUCAUCAAAGGCGCCCCCAAGGAACAUGUGGCCGACAAUGGGUCUGGAUCGCUGAUUCAUCGCGAGUUUUGUUCCAAUUGUGGCAGUUUUAUCUGUGAAUAUGGGGAUGCCGUCAAGGAUCAGUUCCGCUACCUAUGCGUUGGGUCCCUGGAUGAUCCCGAAGCGCUGCCACCAAAGGGCGAGUUCUUCUGCAGCUCCAGGGCCAACUGGAUGCCAGAGAUCCCCGGUAGGUCUUCCAUGUCGUUCUCCGCGAUGUGUAUGGUUGCUAAUGAGCUCAGACGUAUUUCAUAA